AUGGCGGACGAGGAUUUCGAGAUCGAUGUUUAUGGCGAUGCGAACGACGCGAAUGUGGAUGCCGACGAGCCCAAACAUGAUGAGUCGAACAGCCAUGCGUAUGAGAAUAACUCUUCCAUCACCAUUGCCAACGGUUCCAACCCGGACUCUUCCGCACAUACCCAUAACGAUGACUACGACAGCCAUGACCAACACGCCAUGAACCACAGCAACAGCGGGACGCCUUUCCAAUCUCAUCAACAAGGUGUUAAGCGCAAGGAAGGUUCCGAUGACAGACCCAUUGAUCCAGGCGCGACCAGUGCCCUGCUUCUCUCGGAACUACAAUGGUGGACUACAGAUGAUGACAUCCGAAACUGGAUCCGAAGAGCCUCCUGUGAAGAUGAACUAAAAGAUAUUACGUUUAGUGAGCACAAGGUCAAUGGCAAGAGCAAGGGCCAAGCCUAUAUUGAGUUUACUUCGCAACAAGCCGCCACUGCUGCCAAGCGCCAAGUAGAGAAUGCCGCAUCCGAGGCUGGCCAGCCAGGCGGCAAGAAGAUGACCAUCAUCUACACCUCGCCCACUAACAACCCCUUCAAGACCCUACCCAAGGAUGCGCCUGCCCGAGCAAACAAAGAAGGAGGCUCCCGAGGUGGCUCAAACAUGGGAGGCUACAAUGACCGCGGUAACUUUAGAGGUCGUGGAAAUUUCAAUGGACCUCGUGGUGGAUUCAAUCGCAAUUUCAACAACAGCAACAACAACAUGGGCGGCGGCGGCGGUGGCGGCGGAUUUCACGUGCCCGCUGGUUUCAAUAAUAACAUGGGAGGAGGUGGUGGCUUCGGCUUCAACAACAUGGGAGGUGGUGGCGGAAACUUUGGCUUCCGUGGCGGCAUGAUGCCAGGUAUGAGUGGAGGUAUGCGAGGAGGCGGCAUGCGUGGCGGACGGGGUGGCGGAAUGAACCCGGGUAUGAACGCGGGCAUGAACAACGGAAUGAUGGGUGGAAUGGGCGGCAUGGGUAUGCCCAUGAUGGGCUUCCAGCAACCGGCGCAUUUCAACCCGGCCUUCUUCGGCGGCAAUCAGCAGUCGGAUUGGCAAAACCCUCAUGGGGCCAAGAGACCGCGCGAGAACUAG